AGCCCCCGUUUUGAAUUGUUGACGAGUCCAACGGAAGCCAGCAAAACUACAUUCUUGGGUUCGUCAUGAUAUUGGCAUAUUGAUAUUUUCAUCAUGGGUUCCUUGUCCGGAAUCCUUCAACGGCCUCUGAUCGCCGCCGCCGCUGUUGGCUUUGCUUCUUUUUCUUCCGACUUCUCUCCCGUCCUCCCCUCUUCCAAAUCCAGCGACUCCCAUUUACCAACUUCAACUACUUUGUCAGACAUUUCGGUUUCUAAGCUCUCAAACCUGUCCUUCGUCUCCAGAAUUCGAGUGCCUCUUCCCAACAUUAACAUCCCAAUUCCCAAUUCCGACUGCAACUCGCUCUAUUCUACGGUUGCGUCUUCCCCUGCUCUUCUUAAGCUCUAUCACUCUGCAGACUUGGGCAAGGCCCCCAACCCAACUGCAUAUAAGCCUGUUUCAUUAUCUCCUUCCGUCCCUGACGUCUCCUACAGAUGGCAUUUGCCCGAGCCCAAUGCUCUAGAUGUUUCCGGGAAUUCUGAUUGUUCAUCAACAAAGAUGAGGACUGUGGUGGUUUUACUGGGAUGGCUAGGAGCAAAGCAAAAACAUCUCAAGAGGUAUGCCGACUGGUAUACUUCGCAAGGGUAUCACGCCAUUACCUUCACUUUACCCAUGGCUGACAUUCUCAAAUACCAGCCCGGUGGUAAAGUCGAAGACCACAUUGACUCGCUUGUCACUCAUUUGGCUGAUUGGUUAGAAGAGGAGCAGGGAAAGAACCUCAUGUUUCAUACUUUUAGCAACACUGGAUGGUUAACGUAUGGUGUAAUGCUUGAGAAGUUCCAGAAGCAUGAUCCGUCUGUAAUGGGCAGGAUUCGGGGAUGCGUUGUGGAUUCUGCACCUGUUGCAGCACCUGACCCUCAGGUCUGGGCUUCUGGUUUCUCUGCAGCCUUUCUGAAAAAACAUAGUGUAGCAACAAAAGGAACCACAGACGCUAGUGAAUCAGUGAUGGAUGUUUUGGUUGACAGCAAGGGUGUAGUGGCACCCAAACCUGCAGUAACUGAGGCAGCUUUGCUUUUAGUAUUGGAGAAGUUCUUUAAAGUGGUCUUGAAUAUUCCUACGGUGAACAGGAGGCUUUCUGAUGUUUUGGGAUUACUGUCAGCACGACAACCAAGCUGUCCGCAAUUAUAUAUCUACAGCUCUGCAGACAGAGUCAUUCCUGCAGGAUCUGUGGAGUCGUUUAUAAAACAGCAGCGGAGGGCGGGACAUGAGGUCAGGGCUUGCAACUUUGUCUCUACACCUCAUGUUGAUCAUUUCAGAAAUGACCCGAAGCUGUAUACUUCAGAGCUAACACACUUUCUGGAGGACUGUGUGCUUACUGGUUGCAAACAGUCUCAUUAACCUAAACUACUGAGUCACUGACCAUGACUACUCCAAUUCUUUUUCCUCCAAAAGUGUAUCCGCUAUUCAAAUGAUUCAUUAGCACUCAAUUUUUUGGCCCUCAUAUGUUGUUCACAUGGUAGAAGCAAAUACACAAAUCAGAGGUCAUUCUCAGUAUUACAGAGGAGUCUCUCAAAUUCAAGCUUGAUGUCAUACUGAUAUCGGAGCGAUGGCUCUUUCAUGCCGUGAGCCUUAUGUAUGCAAUUUUCGUUACAUUUCAUGGUGGCCAAGCCAUCAUUCUGAAAGAACAAGUGUUUUGUAUAUCAUGGAGAUCAAUAAUACAU